GUUGUGUGUUUGAUUUUAUCUUCUUCUUCAACAUCUCCUAGUUCAAGGGACCCAGAUCUAAAUAUAUUCUUCAGGAGCUUUCCCCACCACAUAACUCAUACAUUCAUGUGUCUCUUCUUUAACCUUCUUCUUCUUCUUUGAGAGACCAAAUAAAAAAAUCUCAGUUCCUUUCAAAACGACGACACAAACUAUUUUCUCUUUUUUUUUUUUUUUUUUGAAUUUCUUGAGACGUUAGGUUGACGAGAAUAAACACUCUCCAGAGAAAAAUAUAUAUUCUCAGAGCUGAGUUAGAGAGAGAGAGAGAGAGAAAUUAAAGCUUUUUCUUUUUUUUUUGGUUCCUUUUAUUUUCUGGGUUUGAUUUUGAGGUUUGAGAAAUGGGUGAAUCUGCAGUUCUGGUUCAUUCUUAUUCUUUUGCAGCUCCUAUUACCCGUAACGAUUCUCAUGAGGACAAUACGAUUCAUGCGUUAAGCCAAUCGAUAUCAUUUGGGAAAUUUAUGACAGAGAAUCUUGAAUGGGGGAAAUGGUCAAGCUUUUCUCAUAAGAAGUAUGUUGAAGAAGCUGAGAAAUACUCUCGUCCUGGAUCCGUUGCACAGAAGAAAGCUUUCUUUGAAGCUCAUUACAAGAGAAUAGCCGAAGCCAAGAAAGCUGCAACGGAAGAGCAGCCUACCGUUACUCCUGCUGAGGUUUUGCUUCAUACUUUGGAAACUCAGCCUCCUCCUCCUCCUCCUCCUGUGUAUAAGUAUCAGCAAGAAGAUGUUAAUGAUGAUGAUGAUGAUGAUGAAGGAAGCGUCAGAAACAGUUUUCAGAUUGGUGGUCUUGUUGUUGUUUCGGAUAACAAGCCCGUUGUUGCGGAUGAUGUGACUGAUGGAUUGGAAAAUGGUAUGGUUGGUGGUGGUGGUGAUGAUGAUGAUAAGGAGGUGAAGAAGCAAGAGGAAGAGUUGUUGAAGGAGGAUUGGUCUUUUGGUGAAAAGGAGAAACAGAGGAAAUCGAUAACUAAGAACAGACCAGUGUUUAGAUUGUCUCUGGAGAAAACUAUUCCUCACAAAUCUCUAGAUGAGAUCUCUUUAACAGAGAAAAGAAGCGAAAGACCGAUAGCUCAGAUCGAAGAAAAACCAGUUCCUCGCCAAAGAUUCAGUCUCUUUAGCUGUUUUAAGGGCAAUUCUAAAACUCAAGAUCAGAAUCAAAGCAGUAAAAAGAGAGAGACGACUAAGAAGAAGAAGCAGUUUCUUUGUUGUUUGAAGCCAAAGACUGUAAGAGAAUAAUCAUCAUAGAGACCCAAAGAAGCUUAAAGAAUACAACUUUGAAAACGUGUACACAGUCUGCAAGAAGGGCUAAUGGGAGAAUAAAAAGAUCGAGUUCGAGUUUCGAUCAAGCUUGUAGUGAUAAAACCGCAACAACUUCGUUAAGUAGAUGGCACCGAUUAUGUUCUUUUCUCACCAGUUUGGAAAAGAGUCCCGAGUGCAAUAGGAAAAGCAAAAACUGGAAAUAGCUUCGUUUUGUUUUGUUCUCUUUAAAUCUUUGUUAUCUGUCUUUACUAUGUAAUGAAAGAGCACCAUACUCCAGUUUCUUGA